AAUCACUUGAGGGACACCAAAAGAACAAGACCAGUAGCUAAUUAUGAAAAGCAAUGUCAAUACCUGAAACCUUGUAAUGUCACUUAGUCUUUGUUUGGAUCAUGCGCAACAUACAUUGCCUCUCAAAACCCUUCUGUUCAACUUCAACAAUUCGGAAACCGACAAUGGGAAGGAUUUGCAGAAAGUGCAGAGAGUAGUUCCAUUUUGCAUCCUCCUUUCAUUUUCAGUCAAAAUCUCUUUAGGUGUGUGUGAAUCCACAUGCCAAAAUAAUCACAGAGGCGGCAACAGCAACCACAUAACGAAUAAUCAACUGGAUCGGAUCACACGUGUGUAAACGGUGGCGCACCAGAGGGGUUCAGCUUCAGGUUCCGCUUCGGGAAACUUCGCGGCGGAGCCAGGCGGUGAAGAGGAGGCGGAAGAGACUUUCACACCCAGGGAUGUGCAAGUGCAAGGAACUACUGCAGGUUCGGUUCCGACCCAUGUGGUGUCACCCUCUUCCUCUGCCCAAACCAACACGGAGUGGGUCCCGGCAAGUGGUUUUCCCAUGAUGUCACGUUUUAUGCAUGCGCCUUCUCCGGGUUUGUCUUCUUCUCCUGGGCCUCCUCUCUUGGGCUCGGGCUCGGGCUCGGGCUCGGUUGGGCAGAAAAGAGCGCGUGAAGAUGACACUGGUGCUGCCGCGAGUGGGGGUGAGGGUGCUUCGUCACAGAGUGCGUCACGGGAAGAAAGCGGCGAGAGGAGGAGGAGAUACAGAGGGGUGAGGCAGAGACCGUGGGGGAAAUGGGCGGCGGAGAUUCGCGAUCCUCAAAAAGCGGCGAGAGUGUGGCUCGGCACCUUCGACACCGCCGAGGCUGCUGCCAGAGCCUACGAUGAAGCCGCAUUGAGGUUCAGAGGUAACAGAGCCAAACUCAACUUCCCAGAAAACGUUACCGCGGUGCGACCUCCUCACCUUCCCGAUUUUCCGGCCACCUCACUCGCAGGCUCCGGUGAUGUUCCCGCGGUGACCGGUUAUUCUCCGACGGUGAUGCAGGGGGCGCCGUUUCAGAGCUCCCCUGAUUUGCUUAGAGACUAUUGGGGUUAUUCUCAGCUUCUGCGGAGCACAGGGGAGUUCCAUGGACUCGAUCAGUGGUUCUAUGAUUCGCAAAUGGCAGCGCUUCAAUCUUCUUCAUCGUCGUCGUUGUUGCCGCUACCGCCUGCGUAUGCACCAUCCUCUGCUUCCUUUCCUCUGUUUUCCAGCCAGCAGAUGGGAGUUUUCCGGCCGCCGGGGCAACAGCAUCACGGCGGAGGGGACAGCGGUAGCGGGUCAGAGUUUCCACCUUCGUCAUGGUCAGAUACGAGUAGUUAUCCUCCUCCACCUCCACCACCUGGUUGACGUGGAGUACACAGCACAGCCUUUGUUUUUAUACUAUUUUUUCUCUUUCUUUUGUGAAAGAAAGAACAGGUUUUUCUUCUGUUUUUAUUUUACUUUAUUUUAAUUAAACUAAAGUUGGUUCUCAAAAAGAAAGAAUUGGAAUUGAGUGAAUUUUUUUGUGGGUUAAAAUAUUUGUUGCUGCUAAAAAAAAAUUGAAAAGUGGGGAUUGAAAUGCGGGUGGGUGAUGAUAAAGGUAGAUAGAAAGUAUGAGUGGUACAAGGCAACAUUUUGAAGCUUAGUUUAGAGAUGAUAAAGACAAAGCAGCAUUUAGGUUUGAAGAUGAGAUUAUUCCAGAUUCUCAACUCAAUGGAUCGAUUUGAUGUAAAUUUUUUGUCAACAAUCCACGCAAAGAUGAAGAAACCAAUAUCUUUUACAAAACCUCUUCCCAGGAAACUAA